AUGGAGUCUUUGUUCAUUUGUAUUGCUCUGCGCACCAUGGGAAACUGCUUACAUGUUCUGUGCCAUCCCCCUCAAGAGAAGAUUAAAGUAGUAAUCUUUAAGGGUGGAGUACGAGAAUUCAAAGCCUCGACACCGAUCAAAGAAAUCACAUCUGGCCCUUACAUUGGCUAUAAGCUGGUACACCACAUCCAGCCGUAUACGCCAUUGCCACCCAACACCAAGCUAGAACCAGGGGAAGUUUACCAUAUUGUGCCAAACCUUGCAAGUCUUGGUAAGCCCUUGGUUCCUUCAAAAAUAGUUCACCAAGAAAGCUGCAAGAGACAGAAGAUUAAGAUUGUGGUGACUAGGGAACAGUUGGAGUUGUUGUUGAAGAGCGCAAACAAGUUCCGGUCGCCUAAAGAAAUUGGUGUUCAAUUGUCAGGGAGGUCUGGGUUAGAAGGGUCUCCAAAAUGGCGGCCUUCUUUGGCCAUCAUUCCGGAGGUGCACAGUUUUUGA